AUGUGUUCUAAUUCGACCACUGUGUUGUUGAAAAAACGAGAAAGAACGCAAAAUUGGUUGCCAGAAGAGAAGAACGCUUUAUUCUCGUUGAUCAAAGAGCACGUUAAUGCGAUCGAGAACAAAAAGAUCGACGCGGCAGCUUCCGCCAUGAAAACCUUCGCUUGGCAACAGAUCUACACGGAUUUUCGUGGGAGAUUCUCCACGGACAGAGAUAUCACUAGAAUAAGAGAACAGUGGAGGAGAAUGAAGGGACAGGCCAGGAUGGAAAUGUACACCUUUGCUGAGAAGGUGAAGACUCUAGGUCCAGAAGAGGCAGCCAAAUGUCGCCCAUCGAACCUGUCCAUCGAAGUAUGGAAACUAAUGGAAAAGGCGAGAAAAAACGACGGGGACGAUGAUCGUUCCGACGAAAAUGGUCGAGAAAGUCCCGAGAAUUCCAGCUUGCAAGCGUUCCUGAACAAGCUGACGGCCUCCACAGCGGAAAUAACCACGGUGAACGAAAUUAAAGUGGAGGCGGAUAGCGACGAGUACAACACGGAGGAUGAGAACAACCAACACGAAGUUUUUAAGAAAAAAUCGGACGUUUCACAGAGGAAACGAUCGCGAAUCUCUGAAAGCGAGCUUGUGGAUCUAGCUGAGCAAAGGAUAAAUCCCAUAACUCACAAUGAUGGUGUAUCCUUAUCGAACGUAAAGGAAAGGAACGAUAGAAUUGAUGAUGAGCAAGUUGAACCUGUUCAGAAAGCAACAUGGAUGUUCGAAUUGGCUCAGAGGGAGCAUGAGUUAAAGCUGAGGAUGUUGAAUAUUGAAUUGAAACGAGCAGAGUUACAGAAACAGACAGCGAUUAACGAAUUGAAAACUUCGGAAAUUAAGAGACAGUUGAUUCAAAACCAAGCCGCCGAAUAUUAUAGGUAG